UUUUCUACACAAUAUGUCAGUUUAUGUUUGACGAAAAACAACAUUUGGUGAUAAAAUAAUUUUCAUCUUGCUUAAAUUAAAUCAUCCCUGUUCCUCUACGAAGCAAAUUGUUUCAAUUACAGCUAUACUGAUUAUCUUGAAUGGUAACAAAUCGGGAUUAAGAUGACCUCAUCCAAUACCUUGCAGAAGGCCAUCGAUCUUGUCACAAAAGCUACAGAGGAGGAUAAAAACAAAAACUACGAGGAAGCCCUAAGACUAUAUGAGCAUGGUGUGGAAUACUUCCUGCAUGCUGUUAAGUAUGAAGCUCAAGGUGAAAGGGCUAAAGAGAGUAUAAGAGCUAAGUGUUUACAAUAUUUGGAUAGAGCGGAGAAACUCAAAGAAUAUCUGAAGAAAGAUAAGAAGAAAAAACCAGUUAAGGCAGGUGAAUCAAACUCCAAAAAUGAUGAAAAGAAAAGUGACAGUGAUAGUGACUCUGAUGAUCCCGAAAAGAAAAAGUUACAGGGAAAACUAGAAGGUGCCAUAGUGGUUGAGAAGCCACAUGUCAAAUGGAGCGAUGUAGCUGGCCUUGAAGCAGCUAAGGAAGCCCUAAAAGAGGCAGUAAUCUUGCCUAUUAAGUUUCCGCAUUUAUUCACAGGGAAAAGAAUACCUUGGAAGGGCAUUCUCUUGUUUGGUCCACCUGGUACUGGUAAAUCUUAUUUAGCCAAGGCUGUAGCUACAGAAGCAAACAAUUCUACAUUCUUUUCAGUGUCUUCAUCUGACCUUGUAUCCAAAUGGCUGGGUGAGUCUGAAAAGCUGGUGAAAAAUCUCUUUGAACUAGCCAGGCAGCAUAAGCCUAGCAUUAUAUUCAUUGAUGAAAUAGAUUCCUUAUGUUCAUCUCGAUCUGAUAAUGAGUCAGAAUCAGCUCGCCGAAUUAAGACAGAGUUCCUGGUACAAAUGCAGGGAGUGGGUAAUGAUAUGGAUGGUAUUCUUGUACUUGGGGCUACGAAUAUACCUUGGGUGCUUGAUGCUGCUAUCAGAAGGCGAUUUGAGAAACGUAUCUACAUAGCUCUACCAGAGGAGCAUGCCAGACUUGAUAUGUUUAAAUUGCAUUUGGGAAAUACACGUCACAUGUUGUCUGAGCAAGACAUGAAGGUGUUGGCAACCAAAACUGAUGGCUAUUCUGGAGCUGAUAUCAGUAUUGUUGUGCGAGAUGCAUUGAUGCAGCCUGUGCGUAAAGUUCAAUCGGCGACUCAUUUCAAGAAAGUAACUGGUCCCAGUCCAACUGAUCCUAAUGUGAUUGCUAAUGAUUUGUUGACGCCAUGUUCCCCUGGAGACCCAGGCGCUCUGGAAAUGACCUGGAUGGAUGUACCAAGUGAUAAACUGGCGGAACCUCCUGUGACUAUGUCAGAUAUGUUACGCUCACUGGCAACAUCCAAACCAACAGUCAAUGAUGAAGAUAUGAUCAAGCUGAAGAAGUUCAUGGAAGAUUUCGGACAGGAAGGUUAAGAUAUUUUAAUCAUUGUAUUUGAGAUCAUUCAAUGUUAUUAUCAUUAAUUGAUAGAAGCACUGAGCUUAUAUUUGUAUAAUAUGCGGUUUAUUUUUGUAACAAAAUGUAUUUUAAUUUGCUCUGCAUAACUUCAUAUGGAUAAAAGGCCUAGAUCCUCAUUUGUGUAAAGUAGAUAGUUAAUAAAAGUAUGUUUCAAAGCUAUCAACGUUAAUAAAAUAUCCUUUAAUUAAUUUACAUACUUUAAUAUUUAUAACAUGUAUUAUCAACAUCCAGUGUUAAAUUAUAUAAGACAAACAAUUAUUCGUGUUCAAGAGUGUACCUUUUAAACGAAUUUGAAAAUGUUUGUAUGUUAAAGUGUUGUAGCAA